AUGUCACGAUCUGAACUGAAAGCUCAGCGAGCCACCCGAUCGAAAGCCGCGGGCGAACACAAACGCACCGAGGCCGAACUGGCCGACGCCUUGCCCUCGGGCCGAGGUGCAAGUGCCGAGCAGCCCGUGCGGUGGUGGCAAGGCACCUUGGCCAUCGCCCUGGUGGGCAGCGUGCUGUUGUGGCUGGCAUUUCCACCGGUGAAUUGGUGGCCCCUGGCGUGGGUUGCCCCGGUGCCGUGGCUCAUGCUGGUGAGGAUGAAAGAGUUGCCGGGCCGACGCCCCUAUCGGGCACUGUGGUUCGCCGGGUUUGCGUUUUGGAUGGGGGCCCUGCAUUGGCUGCGGCUGCCCUAUUGGGCCACCAGCUUUGGUUGGGUCGCGCUGUCGAUCUACCUGGGGCUUUAUCUGCCACUGUUCGUGGUGUUGGCGCGUCGCGCCGUGCACGGAUGGGGGCUCUCGCUUGUGUGGGUCGCCCCCGUCAUCUGGACUUCACUGGAGUUGGUGCGAGGGCACUUUCUGGGUGGGUUCCUCAUGGCCGCGGUGGGGCAUACCCAAUCUCAGUGGCUCGAGAUGAUCCAGAUUUCCGACCUGGGCGGCAGUUAUGCCGUAACGUUCUUGGUGAUGUUCGUCGCCGCCUGCCUCACGCGGAUGUGGCCGCUGGGUGAAAAUCGCAAAACAGAAAGUCAGAAAACAACACUGUGGCCUGCGUUUGCAGCCGUCGCCGCACUGGUCGCCGUGUGGGGUUACGGCAGAUAUCGCAUGGCGGCCGCUGAACCCGUGCCCGGGCCGACCGUGUUGUUGGUGCAGGGCUCGAUCGAUACCGAAAUGAAGGCCGAUCCCGCAUUACGGGCGGAAGUGUAUCGCCAGUAUUUCACGCUCUCACAACGGGGCACGAUGAACCGGGACGAUAUCGACCUGGUGAUUUGGCCUGAGACGAUGUUUCGCGAAACGCUGUUCUCGCACGACGAAGACGCUAAGCCUCCGGCCGAUGCCGACUGGACGAUUGAGGAGUUGGCCGACGCCGAACGCCACAUCCGCCAGUUGAUCAGCGAUACGGCCAUCGCCGUCGGGGCACCCAUGAUCUUGGGACUCGACUGCGUUCACUUUCGUGCCGAGGGCGACGCUCGUCAUAACUCGGCCAUGUUGGUCGAAGCCGACGGCGAGUUGAGCGACCGUUACGACAAGAUGCACCCGGUGCUAUUCGGCGAGUACAUUCCCCUGGGCGAUAAGUAUCCCUGGCUGUAUUCGCUGUCGCCGCUUUCCAAUAGCGUGCUGCCUGGCGAACGGCCCGUGGCCAUCGAAGUAGCCGGCGCGCGGUUCGCCCCCAGCAUUUGCUACGAAAACAUUCUGCCCCAUCUCAUCGCCGGGCAGGUUCGUACGCUUCGCGAUGCGGGCGAGGAACCCGACGUGCUGGUGAACCUCACCAACGACGGUUGGUUUUGGGGUUCUAGCGAACUAGAUAUGCACCUGACGUGUGCACUAUUCCGCGCGGUGGAAUGUCGCAAGCCGAUGCUGGUGGCCGCCAACACCGGCUUCUCGGCCUGGAUCGACGGCGACGGACGGAUCGUGCAGCAAGGUCCCCGACGCGACACCGGCACCAUCGUGGCCGACGUGGAACUCGAUCCUCGCCAGAGCUUGUACCUGACGGUUGGCGAUUGGCCGUGGGCCGUUUGCCUGCUGUUCUCGGUGGCCGUCGCGCUCGAUUUGACGGCCGGAGAGCGACUUCGCCGGCGAAAAAAUGCGAUUUCUGAGGUUCGGUCGUGUUAUGCCGAUUCUCCGCCCGGCAACUUCGGCCGUCUGGUCAUUUCGGAACAGAGUCACCGUCUGCGAGCCUUGCGGGAGCUCGAAGGAGAGGUCCUGAUGAACCUCCUGGGUCGUAUUUUCGUCGUGCUCAUUCUGGUGAUGAGCGUUCUCUUCCUUGGGUUCGCCACCGUUGUGUAUGCGACCCAUCGGAACUGGUACGAAAUCGUCAAUCUGCAGCCAAGCGAAGCCGGUGCUGGCAAGCCGGUGGGCUUAACGUAUCAGCUGCAAGACGCUCGCAGCGAGAACACCCGGCUGCAAGAAGAGCUGGCCCGGCUGGAAAAAGAAGUCGCCACCGAAGAAGCCGCGCGACGUGAAGCCAUCGCCAAGCUCGAAACCGAAAAAGAGCUGCUGAAGAACGAACGCGACGAACUGCAACGCGACGAAGCCGACCUGGUGGCCCAAAAGAAUCAAGCGGUGGCCACGAUGGAAGCCUCGCAGCAAACGCUGGCCGCUUUGCGGACCGAAGUCGACAACCUUCGCCGUGAAACCCGCGAAGCCCAAAGCGAACGCGAUGAGUCGUUCAACCGCGUGGUCGAGCUGACCGACAGCCUGAAUCAGGCCGAAACCCAAAGGGUCAAGCUCAAAGACCGUCGCGACCAACUCGAAGAGCAGAACGAAAAACUGAAAGACGUGCUAGCACGCAAUGAGAUCGACCCCGACGCCGACAUGACGCCGCCGCGGGUUGACGGAAUUGUGCUGGCACGCGAUUCCAAUGGCUUGAUCGAGAUCUCGAUCGGGCAAGACGACGGACUUCGCGUCGGGCACCAACUCGAGGUGUUCCGCGGUCCUCGCUACCUCGGGCGAGUCGAAGUCGUCCAAACCGCUCCCGACAAAUCAGUCGCUAAGAUCAUCCCCGAAUUCCGCAAGGGGAACAUUGAGAGGUCGGAUCGUGUCGCCACCCGCAUCCAAUGA